AUGCAGCUGCCGGGGUCAACACCAACUGCCGCUUCAUUCGAGUUUCUCGAGGAGAACCAUACGAUGGGCAAUGCCCUGCGUUUUGUCAUUAUGAAGAACCCCAACGUCGAGUUCUGCGCGUACGCCAUUCCUCACCCCUCUGAGGCGAAGAUGAACAUCCGUAUCCAGACCUAUGAGGGCACGGCGAUUGAGGCCUUAGAAAAGGGUUUGCGUGACCUGCAGGACCUCUGCGACGUUGUUGGCGAGAAGUUCUGGGACGCGCGGAACCAGUAUAUGGCGGCUACCGAGGCAUAG